AUGGCAAACCAAGAAUCAUCCACGCUGGUCGGUUGUCUAUUCGAUGUGUCGGGAUCGAUGCGGAAGCUGCUCAAGACAGGGCAGCCGGACGGGCGCGCGGUUGAUCGCUUCCAUGCUGUGCUGGGCGCAGCCCUUGACAUUGCCCGCAAGGAGCAACAAAGUGAUCCCAGGGCUAAAAUGUUUGUAGGCGCAUUUGGACUUGAUCGCCAGGACGGUUAUCCUCCAACUGUGGACCUCUGCGGCAUUGUUGAAGCUCUUCUAGAAGAGAAUGAUCAAGAUGAUCGCAGCGGCCAUGAUUCGCUCAUCGAGAUCGCGAAUCAGAACAACCUAGCUCAUAUAACAGAGUACAUCCGGAACAAGCUUACAGACAGUGUAGCGCGCAUUGUCCACGCGUGCCUUCGUCGAUGUCCGGAGCGAAUUCACGAGUUCAAAGACGCAAUACCAAGUGCGGCUGAGAUUCGGAAGUCCCAGACGAUGAAGAAUGGAGCAACGUUUGGUGGCGGCGCCGUGGCGAUUGGUGUUGGGUCUCUAGUAUGUGGUCCAUUAGGGGGCUUACUUGGCGCUGCUCUGACAGCGGGGGGAGCAAUGAGUGCCGAUGCAUAUGCAGACGAGGUAGUCGACUCCUCAGAAGGUCUGAUGCUCGCGCGUCGCAUUUGCAGAGAGUGGUUCCGAGACUUUGCGGACUUCAUCCCUCGGCCAGUGAGUGAUGUGGUACGAUUGUUGCAACUGCUUCAGCAGCGUUCCACAAGGGCUCGACAGUGGCUAUCUGUUGAAGAGUUCGUAUACGGUGACACCCCAAUGCGUGAGGCUCUGAGCCGGUCAUUAUCCGUAUUCCAAGCGAAUUCCGAUUGUGACCAGCGAGUUCUCGUGCUGAUGUCAGAUGGCCAUGCAACAGACGGUGAUCCUGGCGAGAUCGCAACUGAGCUACAUUCGGAGGGUGUCGCUGUGGCAAGUGUGUACCUGACGAGUGAUACUGACAUUGCUCAACGACGCUUAUACGAUAAACCAGCCUACUCUUGGGAUAAGGGUCAGCGUACACUCUUCAACAUAGCGUCCAAGGUUUCUGCCAGUAAUCACCCCAUUCCGGUGUUGAUGUCGGUGGGCUGGCAAAUUCCGUGCUCUGGGGAAGUGGCCUUGUAUGUCUGCGUCUGUACUGAGCCUGCAGUUGAAGAAUUCUGCUCGCUGCUAGUAUCGGCGCAUCUUGCGUCCACGGACGCGCUGCUGGACGUUAUAGGCCGAUUACAGCUGGACGAUUAUAUUCAGGACGAGCUUGCAAUUACUUGCAAGAACCCAUCAGACCAGGGCAGUUCUGCAACUUGCUAUGCGCAUGCCAUUGCUGCUGUGAUACACAUGGCGCUGUUACGCAUAGAGCGCAAGGAGCCCUGUCCGACAAUUAAAGAAAUCCGUGACAGGAUUUUACAUGAAUUUCCCCCAGGCGAUCAUGGGCGUGUGGCUGAAGAGGUCCUAAACCAAGCCGUUCAGUGGUAUCGCCUUCGUUACCGAGCAGUGGACGAAAUGAGGGCCCGGCAGGCAGUGCUGCAGCGGCGUCCCGUACUGACUACAUUUCGCCUCUCAGAGAAAGGUUGGGCAAAAUUCUCCCAAUAUUUCAGUCAACCUCAGACACGGAGAUCCAUGCUCACCGAGGCCAACAUGCGACCGUAUCGUCAGGGUCCCGAUGGUGGCGGACACGCUGUCGUCUUAUAUGCCUGUGACCCCCGCUCUUUGUCAUUCCUUAACUCCUGGGGCAGCGAUUGGGGCACGAAUGGGGGCUUUCGAGUGCAGAGUCCUGCAGUGCUCGAGAUAGACGAGCCGGAUUGUUUGUCUCCCGUCCACUUUUAUGACGUUUUCUGGUACGAAAGCGACUUAACUCCAAGCGAGCGAGCGGCCUACGACGCAAAAGCGGAAGAGAAGCUCCGUGCCUAUACAACAUAUCACCCGAGUCUCCUUGAGCUUGAGGCGAUGUGCCCACUUUGCCAAAGGAUCUCAUUAAUCUCAGACUUCACCGGCAACGCACGUGAAGCAAAAUGUCCACGUUGUUUAUUCUCAUUUGUCCCGCAGCCUGGGAGCCUUCUUCAAGUGCUGUAUGCCCGUGCAGGCUUAGGCACGUAG